AGGCAAGUCAUCCCGGAACCGCGAUAACCAUGGAGCAGCCGGCUUUUCUUCAUAUUGUUUUCCAUCUUAAAUUACUCGACGAUAGCGAGGGAAAAUGAUCGAAAGUGAAUCCGGAUUUAAGAAAAGAGAAAAUAUGAAAAGAAAUGGCUGACAAAGCGAAUGUUCUUCUUGUUGGCUGUGGUGGUAUAGGCACCAUUUCGGCGCUGAAUCUGGAGAUUGGCGGACGAGCUACAGUGACUGCCGUGCUGCGGUCCAACUACGAUGCCGUACAGGCCAAGGGAUUCCACAUUCGAUCUGUUGAUCACGGAUUGAUUGAGAACUUUCGCCCAACCGCAAUUAGAAACACAGUGCCCGACAUCAAGCAGGAGGGAACUACACCAUUCAAGUACAUCGUGUGUACGACAAAGAAUGUGCCCGAUGUACAACCGACGUUGGUGGAUAUCAUUCGUCCAGCCGUCACUCCUGGCUAUUCCAACAUUGUGCUCAUUCAAAAUGGUCUUAACAUCGAGCGGCCCGUUAUCAAAGCGUACCCUGAGAAUGUUGUAUUGUCUGGUGUGAGUUUCUGUGGCUCCCACGAGAUCUCGCCGGGCGAAAUAGUCCACGAAGAUGACGACGAACUAUAUAUUGGUGCUUUUCGCAACCCAUCUCUAGAUGCCACGGCCGAGGAUGCCGCAGCACAAGACUUCGUGGCUAGAUACGGCGCUGGUGGGAAAUGUAAGCCGGAAUACAGCCCACACGUGGGCUUCACGAGAUGGCGCAAGCUGAUGUAUAACGCCUGUCUCAACUCGAUCUGUGCGGCUACAGGCCUUGAUACUGGAAGGCUCCAACUCGCUGAUGGCGCUUUGGAUGGCCUGGUUCGGCCAGCCAUGGAAGAGAUCCGGACCGCGGCCAAAGCUUGUGGCCACGAUCUGCCUGCUGAGCUGGUGGAGCUCAUGAUUCGUCUCGAUCCCAUUCCCAUGUACAAUCCACCCAGUAUGCUGGUGGAUAUCAGAAAACGUCGAUAUUGCGAGUUCGAGGUUAUUGUCGGUGAGCCCCUAAAAGAAGGUGCCGCCAGGGGUGUCCCGAUGCCGACGCUCAGGGUCAUAUACAACAUUUUGAAGGCAUUUCAGUGGAAACUCAAGGAAGAGAGAGGUCUAGUCGAAAUCCCCGCCCCCAAGGACUUCACGAACACGGCAAAUGGAACGGUAACUGAGUAGUAGAUAUAACCAAACGGCAAUAUGAAAUCUUAUGUACCAAAAACCCUAACUAGCUGAUCAGGAAAAG